GCAAUCUGGGUAAAUCUUCACAUCUCUAAAUGGGUGCACAUAGCGGAGCGGGUGGGCCUUCCAUCCUCAAAUCUAAAAUAAUUGAGAGAAGUUGAAAGGCCCAGGUAUGCCAAAGGUCAGAGGGAUCAACGUACAGACCCUAAUAGAGGGAAAGGGAGGGAGGAGAUUCCAAUAGAAAACCACUGCAAAAGGGAAGCCAAUAGAGGAGAAAAUGUGAAUUUGAGGGGAGCUUCCCUUCCCACCCCCACCGCCGUCCCGUGCAAUUUAAUACCAUGCUCGACAGGAACCUUAACCUCGUCAUUUUAAAAAAUGAGAUAGCCGUGACCCGGAGUGAACUCCUUGAAUGUAGAUACAGCAGAGGAAAUUCUAGACUCUAUGAGGGCCUGAGCCUUGUCCAGCACAAUCUCUUGGUAUACUCUGGGCAGUGCGCAGCAGUGCCCACUUGUGCGCGGACACGGGGUGCCGCGUAGCUGUUCCCCUCGCCUUGACUUCGGGAGCCUGUGUCCAGGCCCUCGGUGCUGGACCAAGUGGCCCAGUCUUCUCGGGUUGACUAGUCUCACUCGCUCGCUCCCGGCUGCCCCCGGUCACCCACUUUUCCAGAUUUCUCCACGGUCAUCCUCUCUCACUCCCACCCCUCCUACCUUAACUCCAACCUCCUGCCCUUCCCUCACUUCUGCCGCCCCACCCCCCACCCCUAGUCUCUGUGACCUCUUCCCUCAACCCUGCAGACCAGAAAGAAGGUCACACACCGGCCCACUCAGACUCACACCCCACAGGCCUCGCCCCAAACAAUCCCUUGCCCACUGUCCUUUGUUCCAUUUCUUGGGCCACUUUCCCUGCCCUUUCCUCCCUAUCCGUUCCGGUUGGCUCCCCGGGAGUACCUUUCUGUCUCCCCGACGCCCUGGCCCUCCCUCUCUGAUUUCUUCGAGCUCCCGGUUUGGCGCAGAUGUCUUUUUCUCCUCCUCCCACCCAUCCUCCCUUCGUGUCCUCUUUUCCACAGUGGGAGUGCAUGCGCCUGCUGCUCGUCUGCUCCUGUCUAAACGUCCUGCCCGGCUCCCUCUCCUCCCUUUGCUCGCCCAAGCUCUUUCUCCGGCUCCCGACUCCUCGGCCGCCUGGCAUCCGACCUCUCCCCUGCCUCGCCUCUCGGAGCCCCUGUUGCUCCCCCCGCGGUCGCCCUAGAGCUGAGCUGGCUCCUGCUCGCCGGCCUUGCAGCCCGGCUCGGCCGCCCGCCCGCCGGCCACUGUGCAGUGGAGUUUGGUGGAAUCUCUGCUGACGUCACGUCACUCCCCACACGGAGUCGGAGCGGAGGGAACAGAGAGGGAUGAGAGCGAGGGAGGAGAGAGAGAGUGCGAGACCGAGCGAGAAAGCUGGAGCGGAGCAAAAAGAAACUGCCAGUGACGGCUAGAUUCCGGAGGCCCCCGCGCCCCCGUGGACUCCCUCGGAACUUGGCACCCUCGGGAGCCCCGCAGUCCUCUCGGCCCGGCUUUCGGGCGUUUGCAGUGCAGCCCGCGCCUGGCUCGCUGGAAAUCUCCCCGGGAAGCGGCGGGACACGGAGACAGCAGCUUUCUCCCGGUAGCCGAUAACGGGGAAUGGAGACCAACUGCCGCAAACUGGUGUCCGCGUGCGUGCAAUUAGGCGUGCAGCCGGCCGCCGUUGAAUGCCUCUUCUCCAAAGACUCCGAGAUCAAAAAGGUCGAGUUCACGGACUCUCCAGAGAGCCGGAAAGAGGUGGCCAGCAGCAAGCUCUUCCCGCGGCAGCAUCCUGGCACCAAUGAAAAAGAUAAGAGCCAGCAGGGAAAAAAUGAGGACGUGGGCGCCGAAGACCCAUCCAAGAAAAAGCGGCAGCGGCGGCAGCGGACUCACUUCACCAGCCAGCAGCUGCAGGAACUGGAAGCCACUUUUCAGAGAAACCGUUACCCGGACAUGUCCACGCGCGAAGAAAUCGCCGUGUGGACCAACCUUACGGAAGCUCGAGUCCGGGUUUGGUUCAAGAAUCGCCGGGCCAAAUGGAGAAAGCGGGAGCGCAACCAACAGGCCGAGCUGUGCAAGAACGGCUUUGGGCCGCAGUUCAACGGGCUUAUGCAGCCCUACGACGACAUGUACCCGGGCUACUCCUACAACAACUGGGCCGCCAAGGGCCUUACGUCGGCCUCCCUGUCCACCAAGAGCUUCCCUUUCUUCAACUCUAUGAACGUCAACCCCCUGUCGUCGCAGAGCAUGUUCUCCCCGCCCAACUCCAUCUCCUCCAUGAGCAUGUCGUCCAGCAUGGUGCCCUCAGCGGUGACCGGCGUUCCAGGCUCCAGCCUCAACAGCCUGAAUAACUUGAACAACCUGAGCAGCCCAUCGCUGAAUUCUGCGGUGCCGACGCCCGCCUGUCCUUAUGCGCCGCCGACUCCUCCGUAUGUUUAUAGGGACACGUGUAACUCGAGCCUGGCCAGCCUGAGACUGAAAGCAAAGCAGCACUCCAGCUUCGGCUAUGCCAGCGUGCAGAACCCGGCGUCCAACCUGAGCGCUUGCCAGUACGCCGUGGACCGGCCGGUGUGAGCCGCGCCCACAGCGCCGGGAUCCUAGGACCGUGCUGGAUGGGGCGACUCUGCCCUUGAAAGACUGGGAAUUGUGCUAGAAGGUCGCGGGCACUAAUGAAAGGGACAGAAAGAGAAGAUAGAGAAAAGGAAACCACUGAAUUAAAGAGGGAGCUACCUUGAUUUCAAAGGAAUUUCCUCAAUGUCUGACAUCUUUCACUAAAAAUAUUUCCAACAGUUGCAAGGACACACAAAUGUUUGACUGGAUAUGACAUUUUAACAUUACUAUAAGCUUGUUAUUUUUUAAGUUUAGCAUUGUUAACAUUAAAAUGACUGAAAGGAUGUAUAUAUAUCGAAAUGUCAAAUUAAUUUUAUAAAAAGCAGUUGUUAGUAAUAUCACAACAGUGUUUUUAAAGGUUAGGCUUUAAAAUAAAGCAUGUUAUACAGAAGCGAUUAGGAUUUUUCGCUUUCAAGCAAAGGAAUGUAUAUAUUAAAUACCACACUGUAUGUUUCUAACAUAUUAUUAUUAUUAAAAAAUGUGUGAAUAUCAGUUUUAGAAUAGUUUCUCUGGUGGAUGCAAUGAUGUUUCUGAAACUGCUACGUACAACCUACCCUGUGUAUAACAUUUCGUACAAUAUUAUUGUUUUACUUUUCAGCAAAUAUGAAAAAAAAAAUGUGUUUUAUUUCAUGGGAGUAAAAUAUACUGCAUACAAA